CAGAAAGGUGUUCCUAAUGUUGUGUCCAGUGGGUGUCACAUGACACGAGCGCAACUCGGCGGAGGCUGUUCCGUCUUGUGACGCGAGGAGCGAGCGCUGUCCUCGGUGCUGGCGCUGUCCUCGGUGCUGACGCCUUCGCGCGGCUCUCUCCGUCCAAUGUGCCACUAGCUCCCACGGCCACAAUCCGCUUACUGAGCGUCCCCGAUCAAAGCAGGACCCUCCGCGUUGCACUUGAUUAUUCCCGGCUGUCGUCUGACGACGAGAAAAAAAGCGUCACGGAUUCAACUUUGCAUUUUUUACGGACGUUCAAAUCUCACCGUUUACUGUUUUGUUUUUUUUCCUUUUUCUCCACCGGUUCUCCGACACAAGGACGUUAUUUUGACGCGGCGCGACCUCGAUGAAUGCUACGAGAGCAGACUGCGCGUUGACGAGCAUGCUGGCGUUGUGGCUUCUCGCAGCUGCCGUGGCCGCGAGCCACGGGCGAGGCCCAAAUGAGAGCGACGGCACCAGGGGUCGGACUGCAGAUUUGAACAGGGGUCACAUCGCAUACCCUUCAACAGGAGACGCAGAGGGCGAGGUUGUCCAGGUCACCACCGCCUUGCCCAUUAACAGCCCGGACCACCGGCCUGUCCUCAAAGGUUUGAUGCUUCAUGAGCACCUUCUCUUGAGGGACUUUGAGGGAGACCAGCGCUUUUUCAGGAGCGACGGCUCUGUGGCGGCGUAUCCCACCAGACCGGGCCCCGUGUCUGCCUCAGAUGCGGCGCACCCCGCCACUCGAAUAGUUCCACACGAGGAUGCUCCGGCCUUCUCCGACAUCGCCUCGACCGCGACUGCAGCUGGCACCUCGCCACUUACCACGUUCACCCCAACACCCAGACCUCUGAUGCCUCUCCUCCAGAAGCCCUCUGAGGAAAAAAAGCAAGGCGGAGACAGGCUCGAGCCCACCACACAAUCCCUGACAACACAAGUGACACCAAAUCCAGACAACACAGCCGCCACUUCCUUAUCAAUGCAGCGAGAUCACCCUCACCCUUUGAGGGCUUCUUCUGGCCAGACAAAGCUUGCACCCUCCGCUGCGAGGACGGAGAAAGGGCAGACGAGGGAAACGACACUGAAAGACAAAAGCAGUCCCGAGCAGGCCCUCCCAAACCUAACGUCAUCGUCCCCAAUGGAGGGCCCUGCCACGUCAACCUCCGUGAUCACGACGACGACCAUCACCACAGUGCAAACAUCUGAGUCGUGCGGCCUGAAUUUCACUGACGCCGAGGGCAACGUUGAAAUCCUGCAGCGGCUUGACACUGCAAUGGAGUGCAACUACUUGAUUACCGUCUACCUGGGGUACGGCAUUGAGGUUCAGGUUCUGAAUGCAAGUGUGUCGGAGGGGGAGCAAGUGACCGUGGAGGACACGGGUGGCCGUGAAGCCUUCCUUCUUGCCAAUGAGUCCGUCUUAAUUCGAGGGCUUGUGCUACGCAGUCGGAGCAACCAGAUCUCCAUCCGUUUCCGUAGCGACCAACAGCAUAACUCGGGAGUGCUUCAGCUCCAUUACCAAGCCUUUGUGCUGAGCUGUUCAUUCCCCAAAGAGCCUGCUGGUGGAGAAGUUUCCGUGACACACCUUUACGCUGGUGGAGAAGCGUACUUCAACUGCUUCACUGGCUACCGGUUGAAAGGUCUCAAAAUGCUCACCUGCCGCAACGCCACCACGCCUUACUGGGGUGGCAAGGAGCCCCAAUGCAUUGCGUCCUGUGGCGGAAUGAUCAAAAAUGCCACCCACGGCCGCAUCGUUUCUCCUGGAUUUCCCGGCAACUACAGCAACAACUUGACAUGCCACUGGGUGCUGGAGGCCCCUGAGGACGAACGGCUGCAUAUUCACUUCGAGAAGGUGGCUUUGGCAGAGGACGAUGACAGACUGCUGAUUAAGAACGGCAACAAUAUUGAUUCCCCUCCAGUGUACGACUCCUAUGAGGUAGAGUAUUUGCCCAUCGAGGGAGUGCUGAGCACAGGACGUUAUCUGUUCGUAGAGUUUGCCACAGACGGGACGCUGACCUCCACUGGUGCCGCCAUCAGAUAUGAAGCUUUUGCAAAAGGAACGUGCUACGAGCCCUUUGUGAAGUACGGCAAUUUCAGCAGCAGUGACUCCACCUAUAGCGUGGGCACCGUGGUGGAGUUCUCGUGCGACCCUGGUUACACGCUGGAGCAAGGCUCUGUGGUCAUCGAGUGCGUGGACGGCGAAAACGCUCAGUGGAAUGAGACCGAGCCAGCCUGUAGGGCUGUUUGCAGCGGCGAGAUCACAGACUCUGCCGGCGUGGUGCUGUCUCCUAACUGGCCCGAGGCCUACGACAAGGGGCAGGACUGCAUCUGGGGCAUCCAUGUGGAAGAGGACAAGAGGAUCAUGCUCGAUAUUCAAGUACUCAACUUGGGGAAAAACGACCUGCUGACCUUUUACGACGGCGACGACCUGUCGGCCAACAUUCUUGGCCAGUACAGCGGCAAACGUCCUCACUUCAAGCUCUACACGUCCAUGGCGGACGUCACCGUACAGUUCCAGUCCGAUCCCGCCACCAAUAUCUACGGCUACAACAAUGGCUUUGUGGUCCACUUUUUUGAGGUGCCGAGGAACGACACCUGCUCCGAGUUGCCCGAGAUCGCCAACGGCUGGAAGAGCACGUCCCACCCCGACCUCAUCCAUGGCACGGUCGUCACGUACCAGUGCUACCCUGGAUUUGAGAUGGUGGGCUCCGAGAUCCUCAUGUGCCAGUGGGAUCUCAGUUGGAGCGGCGAUGUGCCGAAAUGUCAGGAAGUGAUGACAUGUCAGGACCCCGGAAACGUAGCGCACAGUCGGCGGGUGAACGCCGGCACCCGCUUUGCCGUUGGAUCGUCGGUGCAGUUUUUCUGCAAUAAGGGUUACGUUCUGUCAGGCAGCAGCCGCCUUACCUGCUACAACCGAGACUCGGCCAAACCCAAGUGGAGUGAUCGGCUGCCUAAGUGUCUUCCUGAAAAGUACGAGCCAUGCAGGAACCCCGGUGCUCCCUCCACCAGUGCACAAAGUUCUGAGAAGGCAUUUUACCAAGCAGGAGAGAUGCUGACCUUCUCCUGCCACGCAGGCUACGAGCUGCAGGGCCAGGCCACCAUCUACUGCAUCCCCGGACAUCCGUCACAGUGGAACAGCACGCCGCCCGCUUGUCGAGCUUCCUCGAGUCAAUACGUGAAUGAACACAGGCUGGGUGUUGUCAAUACAGAUUAUGGCAUCGAGGGAACCAAUAUUACCCUGGCUGUCUUUAUCCCAACUGCAAUUAUAUUGGUGGUUGUUCUUGGGAUUUAUGUUUGUGCAGCAAAACUCCAAGGGAAGUCUAUCAGCGUGCCAGCAUCGUCGCGGCCGUACGACAACAUGGCAGAGGAGUCCGCCUUCGACAACCCAAUCUAUGACAGAGGAGUAAGUACAGAUGUGAUGACCGUGCAAGCCGUGGACUCACAAAACACCAGCGUGCUGUCCUGAAUUGUUCCCCCCCCCGCCUGUCUGGCUGGCCAUCUUGUUGCCAUCGCAUGUUUCACCAGAAGAGGGCACCCACAACUCACCUUCCCCUCGCCAUUUCCAUUUCCAGCAGCAAGCAAUGGAGAGCAAGUGAUAGUCACAUGAAUAUGUCACUACGCAAAAAAAAACAAAAAAACACAAAAAAAAGAGAGAGAGAGAACGUCUCUGCUGGGAUUACAGGUCUCUUAACCACUUGGAGACAAUGGAAUCAUCUAUCACAGUGGUUGUCAAACUUUACCAUCACUUCAACAUAAUUGUCGGCUCUCAAAGUACCACAAGCACGACCAACAUUACAAUUAAGUAAAAUAGAGUUCGAGAUAAAAUAUACUACUUGUCAUAAGCCUUCAACAAAAACCCGACAGAGGUUUUAUUCCCAAAAUAUAUAUUUCAUAUUAAUUUAAGGCAUUUUCGCAUUUUGCACAGUGUGAAUUCGCACUUAAACUGUACUUGAAAAACAAAAUCUCCAUUUAAGAUGUAAAUGACAAAAAGUUUUAUAACAACCUAAAUACCUAUGCUUGUAGCUAAAGAGGUUUAAAAGCAGUCGUUAAGAGAUGACAUGCUACUGUGCAUCACUGUGUGGGGGGAGUAAGUACAGUUUAAUAGUAAGACAGUUUGCUGUACUCUACUGUACAUGGGCAGUGAUUCUUUCUCCCACCACUAGAGGGAGCCCACCUCCCCCAUUUUGAGAAUCACUAAAUUGCCCUCUGUCACCCCUUUCAUUUCCAAUGGAUCAUGUUGCACGUGGUCCUAAGAGCGCAUGCAACGAAUGCACGUGUGAUUGUGUAGCAAAAAAAUAUUCGCUGUUGUUGGAUGAGUGGAGUUGCUGGCUCCCGAUUUCUGUUCUACUUCACCCCAAUGUUGUUUGACACGGUCGAGCUCGGGGCUCACAAUUUCUUUGUGCGCUGGGGGAUAGUCACACACAUGUGGAAGCGUACAAUUAUUGAUCCUUUAUGUCAAAAACUAUAAGAUGACAAAUUAAGAUUUCGGAGAAACUACACCCAACCACUGAUUCAUUUUUGUAUUUGAUCGGGAGAGAUCACACAGUUUUCGUCUCCCUUAUUUGAAAUGCAUCACUUCAUUUGUCUCCAUGAGUUCACCCAUCACAGCAGAAUUGUAUUUUUUCUUUGGCCGCCAUUCGCGGACUGGUUCUAAAGCAUCAUCUCCAAUCCUAUCCUCUUCUCCUUCACCACUGGCAGGCCCAUUGUAGAUACUAACGCUGUCAGCCUGUCGCUAUGUUCACGUUGGCUCGACUUCCCAACUAUGAGGUGAGAUCUCCGGCCGUUGCUGAGAGCACAUCUAACUCACUGUCACCUGAGCCACCAGACCAUCAUUUUGACUACCUCGUCCAACCUGUCACAUGCUUUCAAAAUCUCCUUGAGGAAUACUUUAUGCCGGCUUCAGACUGCAAAAGUACUUCUGGGUAACUUCAUGUCCCCCUUUAGAGAAACACAGCUGUACCACAUGUACGACCCACCUAAAAAACGCAACAAUAUCUUCGAUAAAAGCCUUCAAUAGCAAACUACUCACGUCCCUGCAAAGUCCACACAGUCUUCUGCUAUAUAGAAGUUUUAUACAGCAGUUACAAAGAAUGUUACGACUGGAUGAGGGAGAGAUUUUAUUUUAGCCACUUUAUUAGGUACACCUGCACAGUCUAAUAAGAGUGAAUACAGGAGCCAAAAUUCAGUUUAGAUUGAGGCGUCACGCUAAGUGUUUUAUGAUCACCUUGUGGUUGCAGUUUGCAGUGCUUUAAAAUGCUCUCCAGCCAUCGUACAGGUGCAGGUGUACCAAUUGAAGUGGCCACCACGUGUGUGUUCUGUGUCGGCCCGAAACUUACGCGUCACGCGCAAAGCAAAAGCCACUGAUACGCCCAAUAGUUGAUAACAAUACUGCUACUUGUAUGGAGUCUAACAUCACAUGGCAACAGUUGGCAAAACAUGUAGAUUAAAGAUAUGGAACAUGCAAAUAAUCAACUCACGGUAUUAAUAUCUGUGUAUUUAUUUGCAAAUUCUGAUUGUGAUAUUGUUUGGUUCUAUUUUAGGUUGAGUAAUAGUCUUUCCGCGUAAGUGAGCACAGUGGCAUCAACAGAUAUCUGCGCUGGCGUGUUACUUGGCCUUUGUAUGUUACAUCUAAAGGCGUAGUAUUUGUAUGCUGUACAAAUAUGUAUAUACAAAUGUUUCACCAAUUAUAUCAACGGCCCUCUGACUGAUUUGUGUGUCUGGUCUUUACAGGACUAAUGAAAAAGAGAGAAAAAAAAAAAAGAAAGAUUCAAUUUAGAGCCCUUGAAUUGCUCAAGCUUUGCCUUUUGGGAUCUGCCUCUGCACUGUUCAUCUUUUCCUUUGAGGAUAUUGUAAAUAUGUCUUUCCAAGGUCAACUCUGUGAAUCUGUGGAUCACCACGGUGGUAUUUUUAUAAGCUAAAUUGCUGAUGACAGGAGGUGAUCGCUUGAUUUUUCUGUAUUUUUGAUGCCCUAACUCAGUAGCAGACCUUGAGGGAAAGGAAGCUUUUGAAAUGUGUUCGUUACAAAUUCCCACCAUCUAGCUUUCUUUGUCAACUUGCCGAUAUUACUGUAUUUUGUUUGCGUGUCUGGAUCUGCUCUUUGUAAAUAAACUGCCUGUCCAAUA